CCUUGCUGCUAAUCUGAGGCUCUAUUUCUCUUCACCUCUGGCUAAAGUGGACAACUGCUCCCUCAGUGCAGACCAACAUGACCCAGGAGGGGCAGGUUCUGUCCUCUCCCACCUCACCAGAGAACUCUGUAGAGCUUAACUCCACCUCAAGUGUCAGUCAACCUACAGACACCUGCAGCCAAGUGGAGCAGGAGAAGCCUGUAGCCAGUGAGGAGACAGAGGAGGCAGAAGGGAAACAUGAAGAAGAUAUCAGAGAAAGAGAGGAGAUGACACAAGGAGAGGAAGAGGGGAGUGCAGGAAGAAAAGAUGGAGGACAAGACAAACUGAAAGAGGAAAAGCUUGAUGGCAGUCGUGAGGAUAAUCAACUGACAGAGGUGGCCGUGACGGUAGAGACAGAAGAGGAAGCAAAUGAAGGAUGUAUAAACUUUGAAUUAACCUCAACAGCUGAGGAUACAACACACGACACAGAAGAGAGGGAAGAAGAAGAGGAGUGGAAAGAGGCACAACCAUAUACAGAACAGGAGGCAACUCUCACUCACCAAGCUGGGCGACUGACAAACGGUGUAGGUGGUGAUAAUGAUGAUGACGUGGGCGAGGACGAUGAUGGCGUAAAUGAAGGUGCCGCACAUCCACACUUGGACACUUUCAGUUCAAACUUUGAAACCACUGUAGAACAGGCUGACACAGAAGUGGAGGAAGAGGAAGAUGUCCAGAAAGAGAGUGACGGGAAUGAAACCCAGGACAGCUUCAGCUCAGCAUUCGAGCAGAUUGUUGAGCAGGUUGAUGUACGAGAGGAAGAUGAAGAAGAAGAGGACAGAGAGCUUCAGGGGGAGAGGGACAAAGGGAAGGUGGACAACAAAGACGGCUUCAGUUCCACAUUUGAGCGUAUUGUAGAGUCUGUCCUGCUGAGGGGUGGGACCUGCUACAGCAGCCUUGACUCCCUGGAUGUCCUGUCACUUACAGAUGAGACAGACAGCUGUGUCAGUUUUGAUGCACCGCUGACACCACUUAUCCAGCAGAGGGCGCUGCUACAGGGUCCUGAACCUUUGGAACUGGAGUUAGCAACUGUUCAGGAGCAGGAAGGGUCAGAGACUGGAGCAGAGGCCCAGGGUGAUGUCAAAACUGAGGCAGUGGGGUCUGAGUGUGCAGCUGUGGCUGGAGUAGGAGGAAGCCCACUGAGGACAACCAUACCAGGGAGCAGGUCGGAGUUUGUACUGAGCAACCCGGGGCGCUGGGUGAUCCCCAAUGGAUACCAUAUAGACUCCCAGGGUGCCACAGAAGGCUCUGGAGUGAUGCUCAACUCUGUCAGUGAUGCCAACCUCACAGACGUGCUGUCUGACUCAGAGGAGUGCGAUUUGGGCAGUCUGGAGUGUUUGGAGCGUGGCAGCACAGACACUCUGGCCAAUGGCUGCCAGGCUGACUGUGAGGCCGCCAGGAGGCUGGCGAAGCGUCUCUAUCACCUAGAGGGCUUCAAACGCUGUGACGUGGCCAGACACCUGGGAAAGAAUAAUGAGUUCAGUCAGUUGGUGGCAUCAGAGUACCUGAGUUUCUUUGAUUUUUCUGGACUCUCGCUGGAUCGAGCCCUGAGGAACUUCUUAAAGGCUUUUCCACUCAUGGGGGAGACCCAGGAGAGAGAGAGGGUGCUUGUCCAUUUCUCAAGACGCUUCUGCCACUGCAACCCACAGACACCCACCUCUGAAGAUGGAGCCCACACAUUAACUUGUGCCCUCAUGCUACUCAACACAGAUCUGCACGGUCAUAACAUUGGAAAGAAGAUGUCUUGCCAACAGUUUAUCAGUAACCUCGACGGCCUCAACAAUGGCAAAGACUUCCCAAAAGACUUACUGAAGGUCUUGUAUAACUCAAUCAAGAAUGAGAAGCUUGAGUGGGCAGUCGAGGAGGAGGAGCUGAGGAAGAGUCUGUCUGAGCUGGUGGAAGAGCAAUGUGAGGGCGGCAAUAAACGUGUUGCCAGGGUAACAGACGGCAGUAACCCUUUUAUUGCCAUCCCUAUCCUCCUCAAUGCUGUCACCUACAAACAUGGAGUGUUGACCCGCAAGAGCCACGCUGAUAUGGACGGAAAAAGAACCCCGCGAGGUCGCCGUGGUUGGAAGAAGUUCUAUGCGGUUCUGAAGGGGAUGAUCGUGUAUCUCCAGAAGGAUGAGUACAAGCCUGACGCAGACCUUUCAGAGGUAGACCUGAAGAACGCAGUGCGGGUCCACCAUGCGUUAGCCACUCCAGCCACGGACUACAGCAAGAGAGUCAACGUACUGAAGCUGAAGACCUCCGACUGGAGAGUUUUUUUACUGCAGGCCCCGAGUGAGGAGGAAAUGAUGUCUUGGAUCUUCCGGAUAAACCUGGUGGCAGCACUGUUCUCCGCACCAGCUUUUCCUGCUGCUAUCGGCUCCAUGAAGAAAUUCUGUCGGCCCAUCCUGCCCUCCUCAUCCACCAGACUCAACCAGGAGGAGCAGCUGCUGAGUCAUGAGAGCAAGCUAAAGCAGAUGAGCCUUGAGCUGGAGGAGCACCGGAAAAACCUGCCCUCAUGUGACCCCAAAAGCCGCGAGUGGGAGGAGUACCGCCUGAAAGAGCACUACCUCACGUAUGAGAAAAGCCGGUAUGAGACGUACAUCAGCCUCCUGCAGGCCAAGCUCCUAGCAGAGACUGAUGACCUUGAGAAGAUCGAAGCCAGCGUGAUGAGUGGCCUGAUGAUGGAGGGUUGCCUGGGCAGUCGUGAAUGGCACCUCCGCAAGACACAGUCCUCCCCGUCCAUCAGUCAAGCUCACGGUGGGUUUAAUGGGAGGAGCGCUGGAUGUGCUGCACCAACACAAAGGAACUGA